AUGUUCCCAUUAAUGAAAACAAGAAACUGUAUCAAGAUUACGCCAGUGAAUCAGCCUGAUUCAUUUACGCUGUUUAAAUCCAAGUUUUGCACAGAAAAGGCAAUAGAAGCAGUAAAAAAAAUUAGUGAUAGGACUUUAAAACUUCCUAAAAUCACUAAUCCAAAAAUAAGACUGAGCACAAAAGAGCCUUCAAGUCCGAGCUCAAUAAGUCCAACAUAUAGGACAUUUAGCAAGGAAAAGCAAAGUUACCCAUUAAAAGGGUCCAAAUCUGCCACAAUGCUUAUUGAAAUUGAUAACAUAAUCCAAGAGUGCAAUACUUAUAACUCCAAAGGCUCAGGAAAAUUUCUCCAUGAAAUUUCCAGAAGUGAAGGAGAAAUGCUAGGAGUCAUAAAAGAGCUUGAAAAAUAUGAUAGAAAAGAUAAAAGAAGCCCCAGAGGGAAGCCAAGGCAAAACAUGGAUAAUGAAGUAUAUAUCAAUAGGUCGCAAAUAAAAAAAAUGAUAGUUGAUUUGAGAAGACAAACAAAGAGGAUUGGGGCUGAAACUUAUUAUGAGACGACCUGCUAG